UCUGCCCAUUUCAGUCAGAUCAUGGUUCGUGAAACCCGACAUUGAAGAAUCACAAAUGAAAUCUACUAGGAUUUGUAUGAUACCUUUUCAAUACUCCAUGCACGUUAGACCUCUCACCUAGGUGAGAUAGCAGGGAGUGAAUCCUUAGACAGCUAGAUUCACGUUAACAUUCUUAGUAUAAAUAUUAGAUAGAAUAUCCAUCUAUUUUCUGCCUACUCUAACUCCCAGUAUUGCAAAUCGUAAUAGUUUUACCGCCCAAUCCUACUAAAUUCCUCAGCCCUAACGACAAGUUCAAGUUACCUCCUUGAUCAUCAAGAUGUUAUCCCUCACCCUUCUCCUACUCCCGCUGUCCGUCCUCGCCGCGCCGCCUCCCCAAGGACAGCUGGAGAGCCGCUCCCAACCUAUCAAGCCCAACUGGGCUGGUGCUUGGACUCCUAAGAGCCAGGAGCAACACAAUUAUGUACAAUACAGCGAAUGCAAUCGUGUCGACACCGACAACAAGAACCAGGCUUUAUGUGACGACUGCAUUAACAUGGAACUCGAUGUUAAUGAUCAUAAUGGCCUCUGGCAACUAAACGGCCAAACCAACCUUAAUGACCCCAAUGACUGGAACCUCCUCAAAAUCAACGGGACUUGUACUCUACUCGUCAAGAACACGGCGCCUACCCAGAUCGGGAAUAGGGAUGUAGCCGUGUAUAUGCUCUACUCCGACUUCACGCAAUGUGGCGACAGAGCAGGUGACCCUCUUGACUUCGAAAACAGGUCCUACCUCGUCGAUGACAAAGGCACGAGAAUCGACUUUUGGCUUCGCAGCACAGCUGGACUAGACCUCAGCAAUAUUGCUCACCCUUGAGUCAGGAGGUCGGGGCUCGAAGAUUCCUACGCCGACACGCAACUGUCCUGUUAAGAAUACUCUUCUUCUACUAUGUAAUUCGUCACGAGAUAUUUUUGGAAA